AUGGCAAGCAAGAAGCGAAUUGGAAGACAGCAGGUCGAUACUAGUAGCUCCAGUCAAUUAUUGGUGGAUAAUGAUACGCGUAUAGUACUUGAAGCUCAGCAGAAGCCUGCUAGAAUACAGCCCAUGCGAGGAUCCGGUCUGCAAGCGAAUACUCGAGAUGAAGUCCUGGCUAAUCACACUUUCGGUGAUACGUCCAAAGCUGAACAACAACCAACUAUGGAGGAACAUUUAUGCACACAGCUGCUUAUUGAUGGACAUGUGCAGUCAUUCGUCGAUUUCUUUCAUCUCAUGCAUCGCAACGACCAGCAUAAAGGAGGUGGAUGUUCUUCGAAGUCUCAGCAAGACAUUAAUGGUGCAAUGGCAGAGUCUGGCUCCUUUUCCGUAGCAGAGAUGAAGUUUUUGCGUGACCAAUUGGUGUUAAUUGAGCUUUCCAAACGAAGAGACGAGUAUUUAGACGUGAUGGCCGCCUACGAUAGCUUAGCAACAUAUUUUAUGGAAAGGCAAGAUAAUGCGACGAUGAUCUUUUUCAAUGAAAAGUGUCUUGAAAUUGCAAGACAUACCAAUGAUCAGACUAGGGAAAUGCAAAUAUUGCUUCAAAUUGGCAUCGGAUACCAUGUAAUGAAUAAGCUGGAUCAAGCUCGUCAGUACCUCGAGCUUUGCGUGGCCAUUGCCAAGACUUAUACGAACGAUAAGGAACUUUGUGUAGAGGCGUAUACACACCUUGGCAAAGUUUACGGUGACAUGGCGUUGCGAUCUGAGCGGGAAGAAGAGUUUGUUGCAGCCAUUGAUCUGUAUAGACUUUGUCUCGACUGUGCGAUAACUUCUUACAACGUUGAAGCUCAGACUCACUCGCAAUUCAAAAUCGGCAUUUGUUACAAUGCCUUAAAUGAACCUGCUGAUGGACUACCCUUUCUGGAACAAUAUCUUUCCGCAGCACGUCAAAGUGGCAACUUUGACGGAGAGUGCAACGCUUGUGCAGCACUAGCUACCGCACACGAUAAACUUGGAAAUCAGCAGCAAUCGAUCGAGUUUUUAAAUCAAUACUUGGCUAUUGCAACAAGAGCUGAAAAUCUGACCAGCCAAGCCGACGCAUGUGCGCGCCUUGGUCAGAUCUACACAGCUUCGCAGAACUUUCAGCGCGCUUGCGAGAUGCAUGAGAAGAAUUAUGAGCUUAGCAAAGUUGUUGCAGCCCGUUCCGGUAAUCAAACAACACAGAAUAUAUCUCGUGUGAGUGUUGGAGCUGCUCGUGCAAACGCCAAAUUGUCCAUGCUACUUGCGUAUGUCACAGAUGAUUUCCAAGGUCUUCUAACAUGGAAGAAUACGCAAGCGAAGUCCAUAACUGAGUAA